CGUUGAAGUGUACACUCGAAAUCACGUGAUGCUGUUGCUACAUAUUUUGCUGGUGGGGUUUUUUGGGCUGGCCAUUGCCCUAUAUCGGUACAUACGUAAUCGGCAUCGGUUUUUCGCUGAUCGCGACUUUCCCUGUGCUCCGAAUCCGGAUUUCCUCUUCGGACAUGUCAAGGGAAUGUUUACCAGCAGGCACGCCUGUUACAUCAACCAGGAGCUGUAUCAGAGUUUCAAAGGAAAAGGUGAACGUUUCGGAGGGUUUAGUUUCUUCACAAUUAACUCGGUGAUGGUGGUGGAACCGGAACUGAUCAAGUCUAUUCUGGUGAAAGAUUUUAACGUCUUUCACGAUCGAGGCAUUUACUGCAACCCGAAAGCGGAUCCCCUGUCCGGGCAUCUGUUUCUGCUGGAAGGACCUCAGUGGAGGUCACUGCGACAGAAACUAAGCCCAACCUUCACGUCUGGACGAAUGAAGGGCAUGUUUGGUACAAUCUUAGGUGUGGCGGACGAAUUUAAUCGAUUCCUGCAGGACAGCUACAAACAGCAGCCGGAGAUGGAGAUGAAGGAAAUUUUGGCUCGAUUUACAACCGAUGUGAUCGGUAGCUGUGCCUUUGGAUUGGACUGUAACACGUUAAAGAAUCCAAACUCGGACUUUCUUAAACAUGGCAAAAGAGUGUUCGAGCAGAGCGUUUUAGAUGUGGCAAAGUUUGUAUUUUGUUCAGUGUUCAAGAGUGCAGCGCUUGCGGUAGGACUUAAGCUGACACCCGAUUCGGUUGAGAAGUUUUUUAUUGGUUUGACACGAGAUACGGUCGAGUACCGUGAGAAAAAUAACAUUAAAAGAAACGAUUUCAUGAAUCUGCUGUUGCAAAUAAAGAAUCAGGGCUACUUGGAGGAUAAAGCGGGGGAAACGACCUCACCGGAUUCUGCUGGUAUGACGAUAGAAGAGUUGGCGGCUCAGUGUUUCGUAUUCUUCGUUGCUGGCUUUGAAACUUCAUCAACGACUAUGAAUUUCUGUUUGUACGAGUUAGCCAAGAAUCCGGAUAUUCAAGAACGAUUGAGGAGCGAAAUCGAAACCGCAAUCGCGGAGAACAAUGGUGAAAUUACGUAUGACUUGUUGAUGGGUAUCAAAUAUCUCGACAACGUUGUGAACGAAACUCUGCGAAAAUAUCCCCCAGUGGAGAGCUUGAACCGAAUUCCGCUGGUAGACUAUAAAAUUCCCGACAGCGAGCAUGUCAUUCCCAAGCAAACAAUGGUGGUAAUUCCGGUAUACGCGAUGCAUCACGAUCCGGACAUUUACCCCGAGCCAGAGCGUUUCGAUCCGGAUCGGUUUCUUCCGGAGCAGGUGCAAUCACGCCAUCCGUACACGUUCAUACCGUUCGGCGAGGGACCCCGUAUUUGCGUUGGGCUCCGUUUCGGGGUAAUGCAAACCAAAAUCGGCCUGAUGACGCUGCUGAGACACUACAAGGUUUCACCGUCGUCCCGAACGCCCGAUAAGUUGUUGUUCGAUGCUAAGAUGUUUGUGCUCUCGCCACUCGGGGGAAAUUAUCUUCGGAUCGAAAAAAUUUCAGCUGAACAAUAGGAGAAGUAAGGCAGUGCAUAAAUUAAAUUUAUCCAGUACUUCACGUUUAUAAAAUAGAGUUUUUUUUAACAAUUCAUAGUUCUAUGUUUUGAAAUUUGAUUUUGCGUGUGUCACGAAGUAAUUUUUUUCUACCUA